CGGUAGUGUUAUACUUGAAGGACAAAAUGGCUUUAAAAUAAACUAGUUCUCUAUAUUUUACAGACGAUAGCGUAUGCUGUAGAUGUGGAGAUGGUUACAUAGCCUGCCGAGGGCCGUACGGCAGCAGUGCCCUGGUCCUGGAGCCUCGGCAGGCAUCCAUGUGGAAGAUAGGUGCGAGUCGGACUGCAAAAAAGAUAGCAGGCGAUAUGUGGAAAAAGCAAAGGAAAACCCUAAAUGGACACAAUGCAGAACAACAGGGGAACAUAAGAAGGACCAUGAUGAAAAAUCACAACAGACAGUGCCACCAGAAUUCUGGAGGCUUGUGCAUGGCCCCUACUCAACAUGUGAUGCUAUAGGACUGGGAGGAGUAUUGGCAGCAGGAUUCCACUUUCACAACUGUCAUUUUCAAUACAUAAAGGAGAAAUAUCGCAAUCCAGACCUGUGUACUAAGUGCUGUAUACGACCACGAUUCCCAAUAGUCCAUGCACUUCCAGGGUUAGGACCACAAAGUGUUAGGGAAACACCCCCACAAAAACCUAGGCAGAAACAUGGCGAUCAAAAGAAGCCUGUGGGUUUAAGACCAAGACACAAUAUACAGAGUUACACUCCUAUUGUUAAGAGUCUUUGGAUUAAUGAAGAUGAUGAGAUAGCCAAUGAGAAAGCAGAAAGUAAACCUACAGAGGCAGAAAAGCCUAUCCCAAAGGUAGAUGCUGCACAAAAAGUAGAAACCCUUGAAUCAGUGUUUGCUGAUUUCUCUGAUGUUUGUAACAAAUACACAGCCAUAGGCAAAAGCAUUAUGGGUCUUCAGGCUGCUGAGGAUGGCAAUAACAAACUAGCAGCCGAUCUGUGGCAGGAAGCAUGUGAACUUGGGAACACAAAGGCAAAGUUUAAUCUUGCUGUGUGCUAUGAGCAUGGUAAAGGGGUGCAGAAAGAUCAGAAAGAGGCAAUCCGCCUAUACAAAAUGGCUGCUGAGGACUUAUAUCCCAAGGCAAUGUACAAUCUGGGCCUCCUGUACCUCGAGGGCUCAUUCUACACUCCCAGGGACACCAGUCGGGGCCUCGACCUUGUCACCACUGCAGCAGACUUUAGCCUUCCUGAGGCCCAGCGCUACCUAGGUGUAUACUACACAGAGGAACGGACAGAAAAUCCUGAGAAGGCCAUCAAAUAUCUCACCAUGGCUGCUAACCAAAAUGACAGUGAGAGUCAAUAUGCUCUGGCUCUGUGCUACCAGUAUGGCUACGGUGUGCCCGAGAACCUGUGCAAGGCUGCUGACUUGUACUCAAAGGCUGCUAACAAUGGACACCCAGAUGCCUUAUACACUCUGGCUGUGUUUCAUAGGGAUGGACUUGGAGGCCUGCCACAAGACCUGCACAGUGCAGAGAGGUUGACACAAAGGGCUGCACAGCUGGGGAGUCACGAGGCCCAAUUAGAACUGCUGCUAAGGUCACCAGAAAACUUGAAAGCUGAUAAGAAAUCCAACGCACAAAAAAGAAAAGGCAACAAAACAUCCAAGCAAUCUGCUCAUGGCAGCUAUUUGACCUUGCCAUCACUUACAGACCUUGUCCAAGACUCAAUCUCUUCUUCACACAAACCAUCGGAUACAGAAAGUCUCUUCGACAAAAUCAAACCUCUUAUUCCGGAGUUGUUACUGUCUGAAAGCAUGGUAGUUACUCGAGCAACAGAAAGCACUCCUUCAGUGAAUGACAAUGGCUAUUCCAAACAAAAAGCAGUGCAUAAAACUGGCAGCAAAAAGACAGCGCCAAAAAUAAGCCAAUCUAGAUCAGGUAGUGAAUUGAAUAAUGGCUGCAAGUUCUACUUGGAAAAUUAUGCUGAUGAUUUGUCAGAGGUUUCUGCCGACUCCCUGGAAUGUGCUGUAGAGUCUUGCUCUACUCUACACAGACGACAUAACACAAUGCCAGACUUGAGUAUUGUAAUGUGUCCAUAGCCUUUAGCUGUGCUGAUUGUGUCUUAAAAUGUGUGUGUGGGGGGGGGGGGGGGCAGCUGGUGACCUUUAGAUUAAUGAUUUAAAGUGCUAAAACAGUUUUGUGUUUCUGAGUUUGUUUUUACCAAAUCAGGCAGGAAUUGUAUUUCAUUUGUAUAAACCAUAUCAUGAAUAUGUGUCUUUUAGCUGUAGUGUUUGGUUUAUACAAAUUGUUCAAGAAAUAUCAAGCCUUUUUUUCCUUGAAAUAAUGUAAGUACCUGUCGAAAAUUUAACGACUUGGGAGGGGGAAAUGUUUCAGAAGUUACUAGCACUGUGUAUUUCACUUGAUAACUGGUACCCAUUGUGAUGUCUUUUAUAUUACAAGUGGUCCUUGUCACGAAUUCAAUGAGAUUACUUUUACCGAACAGUACUGACAGUGGGAGUCAAUUCAACAUAAUUCUUGUAUGGAUAACCGACUAGACUUUUAGGUGAAUGUGAAAUUCAUAAUACUUUUUAUCUUGAUAAAAUCCACAAACGCCUAGAUGCAUGAAGUAUUUUUACAUUUACAUGAUGUUAAUGCAAGGGAUAUAAAUCUUAUAACAUAUAGAGAUAGAAGAAAAAAAUCUUGGCUUGACAGGAGUCUUGAUGAGGUCGUACUCAGCUUAAUUUUGCAACAGCAUGAAAGAUAACAAAAUGCUGAAAUAAGUCUGACUAGUAUGCAAAUGUCUUUAAAAUUAUUGUGACUUAAUUCUUCUUUAUAUUGCUUUCUGGGUGUAUGCUUAUUAAACUGUUGUUUUUUUGUUAACAAAUCAUUUCCUCAUUAAAACCAUGUAAAAUCUUGAUGUUCAUUGACUGCUGUUUAAAUUUGAAGAUAGGGCAUAUAUAUAGACUAGAUCUGUUCAAUUUGUAAAUCAUCUUGCAACUCAUUUCGAAACAAAGUUUCACUUAAGACUUAAGCUUAGAUUUAGAAGCAACUGUGGCAGUGUCAUACCUUUUGAUACGUCCCAUUGAAGACCUGUAUGUAAAACAUUUUGCAGAUUUUGUAACAUGUUUCCAGUGUGUAACUAUGUUUAUUUUUAAGCAUACAUCCAUUCAUCAUUCAUUCAUUUAAUCACUUGCUACCAAAUGACAGAGGUUGAUUAUGAUUACACCACAUAUUAUGUUAAACUUAUUUGUGUUAAGUUGCAUCUCAAUUAUGAAUCUGCAUGUCAAAUCUUUUUUUUUUGUAUAGUAUAAAGAUUUUGAAUUUAAAUUAAGCUCAUAAUUUUAUGAUGGAACAUCCGUUAUCUCAAGGAUUUUCAAAAAAUUCUGUGAAUAUGGUCAUGCUGUGUUUAAUUGACCUGCAGUUUAAGAAUAUUUUAUUUGUUUCAGUUUGCCAUAAAAUGUUUUUAAACUGUUUAUUGUUUUUGUAUUUAAUCAAUAUAUUAUAAUAUCUAUGUAUGUCUAGCGUAUUGUAUCAAUAAGUUAGAUGUACGCACAAAGUAAUGGUUUGAAAUAGUGAUGCUCUUUAUUUAUUGAACAAAAUUAUAGAAGAAUUUAUCAAUUAACAUGUAUAAAGAUAGUGAAAUUUUCGGUCUUAAGAAUUAAUUUCAUUUGACUUAUAUUUGUAGUUUCUUUCCACUUCUGUUAAAGCUUCACUCUCGUUAAGUCUUUAUAUUUGUUAUGUCUGGCAAAUAAGUUAAAAUAAAAUUUGUACUACA